AGAAGCCGCGUCAGAAUUCCACGCUGGCCAAUCAGAACUGUCCAUGUACUACUGGGGGCGGGGCUGCCAAGGGAGGAGGAAGAUGGCGGCGGGGGCGAGGUGAGGUGUUGGCAGUGGAAAGGGGUUCGGGCUUGGGGGGCGGGGGGACGCGGAGCGAUGGCCCGCGCCGGCCGCAGGGGCGGAUAAAAAGCCGUCGCGCCGCGGGAGUGGGCGGGAGGGAGAGGGGGUGUCCGAGGGCCACAAGAGUAUGACGGGGCUGUACGAGCUGGUGUGGCGGGUGCUGCACGCGCUGCUCUGUCUGCACCGGACGCUCACCUCCUGGCUCCGCGUUCGGUUCGGCACCUGGAACUGGAUCUGGCGGCGCUGCUGCCGCGCCGCCUCUGCCGCGGUCCUAGCGCCGCUCGGCUUCACGCUCCGCAAGCCCCCGGCAGUCGGAAGGAACCGCCGUCACCACCGGCACCCGCGCGGGGGGUCGUGCCUGGCAGCCGCACUCCACCGGAUGCGCUGGCGCGCGGACGGUCGUUCCUUGGAGAAGCUGCCUGUGCAUAUGGGCCUGGUGAUCACCGAGGUGGAGCAGGAACCCAGCUUCUCGGACAUCGCGAGCCUCGUGGUGUGGUGUAUGGCCGUGGGCAUCUCCUACAUUAGCGUCUACGACCACCAAGGUAUUUUCAAAAGAAAUAAUUCCAGAUUGAUGGAUGAAAUUUUAAAACAACAGCAAGAACUUCUGGGCCUAGAUUGUUCAAAAUACUCACCAGAAUUUGCAAAUAGUAAUGACAAAGAUGAUCAAGUUUUAAAUUGCCAUUUGGCAGUGAAGGUGCUGUCUCCGGAAGAUGGAAAAGCAGAUAUUGUAAGAGCUGCUCAGGACUUUUGCCAGUUAGUAGCCCAGAAGCAAAAGAGACCCACAGAUUUGGAUGUAGAUACGUUAGGCAGUUUACUUAGUUCAAAUGGUUGUCCUGAUCCUGAUUUAGUAUUGAAGUUCGGUCCUGUGGACAGCACAUUAGGCUUUCUUCCCUGGCACAUCAGAUUGACUGAGAUUGUCUCUUUGCCUUCCCACCUAAACAUCAGUUAUGAGGACUUUUUCUCUGCCCUUCGUCAAUAUGCAGCCUGUGAACAGCGUCUGGGAAAGUAGUGGUCAUUGGUUGCAUAAUUUGAUUUGAGGCUUGUGGAGGAAAGGACCCAAGUGACUCUGAUGUUUACAAAGCACCUAUGAAACCCUGUACACACCUAGUUCAUAAUCCUCAUAAUUUAUCAACAAACACAAAAAAGUGUCUUACUUGAGAGUGAGUGUGUGUGUGUGCGUGUGCACGUGCACACAUGUGCACGUUUGUAUGUAUGGAAAUAAACUUAUAAAUGGGGACAUAUUGGAGAAGGAAAUACAUAGACCUACAACUUUGAGCAAAUAGCAGUGAUAUUUUAGGAACUGAAAUGUCACACUUAAAGUCUUCAGCCCAGCUACUUCCCUAUUUUUGUGGGGAGAAGAGGGCCUGAUUAGAACUGUUCUGGUUGUGUUUGGCGGGAGGGGAAUAAUUUUUGUUCAGUCCUUCUUAGUGACCAAACUUUAAUUUUUAAGAAUAAUAUAUUGACUUACUGAACUGAAGCAUUCUGAGUUGAAAGGAGCUCCAGAGGAGUGGAGUUCUAUGUUGCUCACAUGUUAAAAUCUUGCUCCCCUUCAGAGCAGAGGGAAUACCUAUCUUCAGAUAUCCGUCCAUUUUCAUCUCUUAAUUGUAGUCAAAAGUAUGACUUGAGAGUGUUGCUCUGGUAUUCUGAGAGUGUUGCUCUGGUAUUCUGAGAGUGUUGCUCUGUAUUCUGGGUUCUGAAGAUUAUUUGAAAAAUAACUCUUACUACAUUGAAAUGCAGACUUUUAAAAAUUUAAACAUUGGAUUAGGCAGUCAAAAAAAACCAAGCAAGCAUAAAAGGUCAAUAAGUUGUAAUCUUGAUAGUAAAGGUGGAAAACUUAUUAUAAAUGGAAAGAAAGUUUUGAUUUCCUUUUUUGUUUGAUGGGCAGUAUGCCAUAUUAUACCCAAAGUUCUUUUAAAAAAUAUUUCCAUCAACUAUUUUUAUUUAAAAUAAACAUUUGAGGGAAGUUACCAAGGCAGCUUUUUUCCUCAAAAGUAACCUGUUCCUCUUUGGAAUAGCACAUUUUAGGGGCAUGGUUAAUACCUGAGAUUUUUACUCAGUAAAUCCUGAUGGUUACUGUGUGUAAAAUAUCUUUAAGUAGGAUUGAAGGCCUCUGGGGGGGAAUAAAAUAUUACCAAAGUCUAUAAAAAUAAAUUUUACAUGUUCUCUUUUAUGACAGAGAGCAGCACUGGUUCUGUUAUUUUUAAAAUGAAUAAUUGAUUUCUUGAUAGGUGUUUAAUAUUUCUUCCCUCACUGCUGAUUCUUAGAUAGAAACCAUUCUUUAUAUUUGAUAGACUGUUUUCAGAAAACCCUUAUAAACAAGUGUACAAUACUUAUCUAAAACUAUACAUUUAGAAUGGAGCAGUUUAAUACUAGAUCUCAGAAGUUUGAAAAAUAGCAAAGAAGACUGGAUUUGGAAAGCAUGGUCUACAAUUGGUUGUUAAAUUCUGAAGCUAUGAAGAAUAAAUGUUUCAACUUUGGAUUAUGAAACCCCAUUUAUGAUUUUUUAAAUACACUUGAAAUAAAAAUGAUUAAACUAAAUUUUGGUCCAGUGACAUUACUUUGCACUGCAUAAUCCAUUAUACAUUGUACGACUUUUUUUUUGUUUUAAUUUAUUACUGAGAGUUUUGUGUGAAGCUACAGCAUAUCUAAUCAGAGAAUUUCUGAUUCCUUAUACUGUGAUUAUGUUAUAUUGAGGCAUUUGUAGUGCAGCUGAAGACUGAAUUUAUGCCUUUUGUAAACAUGAUAGGUAUAAAUGUCUUAUAAACAUUCUGGAGUAUAUAUAGCUUUAAUGAAUGAAAUUUAUGGACCUGAUUAAAAUGAAGGGAUUUAAUCGUUGUUAAAGUUAAGUUAGUCAAAUAAAUUACCUACUGGAAUAUAGCCCAAGCCAGUAAAGGUUUAAUAUUUGCAUUUUCAUGCUUUUAUUUUCUCCUUCCAUUCAUAAGUAUAUACUUGAAAGUACAUCUGUAGCCUAUGAUUUGAGUCUCUUGAAGUUCUAGGAAGAGGCAAACUACAAACUACUAGGAUUCUGAUUUCAGAUAUAGUCAUUCCAGAACCUUCUCUUUAUGAGUUCACCUGCUAGUACAAUCUCCACAACUUGAAUGGCAUUGGUUGUUCUAUAAUUCCUGCCAAAAGCAUCACAAGUUGUACAUCAUCAAGGCUCCUUUUGCACUCCCAAGAAGAACUGGUAAUUUUAAACAAAAGUAUGUGUCUUUAUUUGUAUUGGAAAAUACUGUCUUUAAAUUGUUUCUUGUUGACACUCCCCACAAUGGAAAAAUUACCGAAUUAAACCUGUUUUAUGGAUGGCAGCUUGGAGCAUAGCAAGAAGUUGGAGGAUUUGAAUUCCAUUCCCAGUUCUCAUUGUGUUUUGUUUCUUAAAACUAUAAUAAUCGGUUACUGUUAUAAAGUUUAAAAGGUGGUUUUAAUGUGAAUAGCAAAUUCUGGUAUAUCGUGACUAAUGCUUAAGAAUGCCUGUCUUUGAGAGGAAGGUGUCAUAAUAUUAAUGAACAGUGCCAAAUACACUGUGCAUAUCUGCAAUUUAAUCUUUGAAUGUAUGUUACUGGAUUAGCUCCCUCCUCCUGUGUGAUGGUACCAUGCAUAGAGUCAAUCAAAUCCUUGUGAUGUUUUGUAUGGACUUUGACAACAUGUAAAUAAUGUGUAAAGCCAGUUUUUAUGAUUAAGGAAUCAAAUUUAUUGAAUUUUAUUAUUGAAAGUUGAAACUUAACAUGUAUGAACAAAAACCAAUAAAAGAAUAUACUCUUUUCAUUGACUAUA